AAACUUUCCACAUCUCAAUCUUUCGGUCUCACUGAAUCGCCGAUCCACAACUUACAACAGGCCUAUUCCGUUCCAGCUGAAGUCCAGGGCUUCUUAUACAUCUCGCCAUGUUGUCGACGCUCCGACGCGGCUUGGAUAUCCCUAAUGGUGCUACGGCUGGUGUCCUUCGGCGUCGGCUGUCUCACCUCCGUGAGGCUCGCUCAGGUCAUUCGCAUGGACCUACUGGAGUAGUCCUGAUGAACAUGGGCGGGCCACGCACUGUGGACGAGACAGGCGAUUUUCUGUCGCGGCUUUUUCACGAUGGAGAUCUCAUUCCUCUACCGUUCCAAUCCACAUUGGCGCCAUUCAUUGCCAAAAGAAGGACACCAAAAAUAGAAGAACAAUAUGCCAAGAUUGGCGGCGGAUCCCCCAUCUUGAGAUGGACCACGGAGCAAGGCGAAGGGAUGUGCAAACUGCUCGACGAACUUUCGCCUCAGACUGCCCCUCACCGCCCUUAUGUCGCAUUUCGAUAUGCUCGACCUUUAACUGAGGAUUGCCUAGAAACCAUGACUCAAGACGGAGUGACUCGGGCCGUUGCCUUUUCUCAAUAUCCUCAAUAUAGCUGCUCAACAACAGGUAGCAGUUUGAACGAGCUUUAUCGCCAGUUGAUCAAAAAAUCUGAGAGCGAAAAGCGUAGCAUCGAGUGGAGUGUGAUAGAUCGUUGGCCAACCCAUCCUGGUUUAGUAGAGGCAUUUGCGCAGCACAUCGAGACAUCUCUCGCGACAUAUGAUCCGACUGUACGAUCGAACGUCAUCUUGUUAUUUUCUGCUCAUUCCCUCCCCAUGUCAGUGGUCAACCGGGGUGAUACAUAUCCAUCCGAAGUUGCUGCCACGGUACACGCCGUGAUGCACCGUUUGAAGCAUAAAAAUCCUUAUCGGCUGGUCUGGCAAAGUCAGGUAGGUCCAUCGGCCUGGCUGGGGCCCCAGACAAUAGAUGCCAUCAAGGGAUACGCCAAAAAAGGUGUCAAUGAUCUGUUACUGGUACCGAUUGCAUUUACCUCCGACCACAUCGAAACUCUUUUUGAAUUAGAUUUGGAGUAUAUCGAAGAAGCCAAGGAGAUGGGCAUGACUGGCGUCAAGCGUGUGGAAUCUUUGAACGCCGAUCCAGUGUUUGUCCGAGCAAUGGCAGAUAUAGUGGCUGAGCAUCUCAGCCUACCGAGUCAUUCACGCACUGGUAGACAACUUGGUCUCCGCUGCCCAGACUGUGUAAAUCCUACGUGUUUAAAGGCCAAGACAUUCUUCUCGCAGCAAUCAAUGACCUAGUCACCCACUCCUUGAGCUUUACAUUUUUUACUCUGAGAUGCUUAAUUGUAGUCUGUAUCACAAAAGUCUUGGUUAAAGCUUUAUACCAUACACCCUGACCUUGACCCCUACUGGGAACAACAAGUCUGUUUGAAAACUGAAUAUGCAAACAUCAGCUGAAGCCAGCCUCAUCAUUUAA